AUGACCACCAUGCAUUCGGUAAUUAUUGCCGACGAUGGUGUGUCAGGAACAACUCCUGGAAUAUCUGAUACGGCUGUCACUCAAUACAGCACUCAGUUCGAUUUCGAAUUCAGCCGAAAGUUCGAGGAAUGGCUUAAGUCUGCAGAAGACUGUGAACGCAUAAGCAGCGAACGGGCAUCAUCUGAAUGGAGUGGGCAAAGCAAUGAUUUUGCCGUAUCUUCUUCCACCACCAAUAACGACAGCAAAGAGCGUCCGUCAAAAAGCUAA